CGUCAUCUGCUGGACAGACAGAAGCAGAAGUCAAAGCAGCCGACAGACGAAAGACUCAUAGCUUGUGUAUAGCUAUAUAUACACAUCCACACUAUACGUAUAUAUAUAUAAGAGUUAGAGGAUAGAGAGUCUCUCUAUAUUAUCGUUUCGUGCUAUCUUUUUUGCGCAUUUGACUUGUUUUCUUGUGUGUUUGUGCAUUAUUUGUUACAAAUAUUAUACACAUGCAUAUAGGCUGUACGACGACUAACAACUAACAACUACCACCGUUUGUUAUUUAUCUCCAUUUCUUUGGUAAAUCCUUGUCAAAGAACUUGGCUCCUGUACGAUUCCGGCACAUUAUUCACCUUCCCUCUCUCUUCCGCGCAUAUCAAAAGAGAAGCAGACUGUUUCAGCUGUCUCUUUCUCUCUUGUUCGCACUUGUAUUGGCUAUAGGUAUGGUCUUUGGUAGCGGUGUCCACUCCUUAUCGUCCCGGCCUCUGGUACAUUUACGUGCAAGUGUAGAUUGCACCAGGUCUGUACAUCACAUUGGUAGAUAUAUUUAUUAAAGUGGACCAAGAGUGCCGCAAGUUGUUGUUGCUAGGGGAGGCCCACAUAGCAGACCACCUCUCACUCUGGUGAUUCAUCCCUCUGAUGCAGACUGCAGCAAAGAGCAAUACUUGCAUUGAAUAGUUGCUCUUCUUGACUAUGUGUUAUUGAUCGUUGUUGCUGCUGAUACUGUUCUUGAUGUUGUUUUUGUUAUCACUGUUGUGUGAAUCUUAAGUUUAGUGAUCUGCUGAAAAGGUGCUCUCUUUCUGUCUCUAAACAAGAGUUGAGUUGUUGUGUCGGUGUGGUGCUCUCUUGUGGCUGGCCGCAUGUGUCAUCAACAGCAGAGCAAUAGUAGCCGCAGCAGUAGUUGGUGUGCUCAGUGUACAAGUGUCUGGUGUACACAGUUGGACUGAUGUGCCUGGUCACGCUGCUGCUGGUCACCUACUUGCCAAUCCCUACCAGCAAUCAUUGGCACUAGUAACAACUGUCCUAGGACAAGUGUAGAGUGUGUGAUGCCCGGGAGUCGAUCCAGCAACGACCCAGAGCACAAGUCACCGAGGGAAAGUGGCGAGGACUCUGAAGAUGAGAGCGAAAUCUUGGAAGAAAGCCCCUGUGGCAGGUGGCUCAAGCGUAGGGAAGAGGUGUACGUAGGUUCCAAGUCGACUCCGAGCGAUGGCACGAGCUUUGGCGGCUCGAAAACCGGCGACAACGAGGUAGCAGAGUCCGAGACGGAGAAACGAGACUUGCCGGGGAUAGACUGCGCCUACCUGGCCAUGGACACGGAGGAGGGCGUCGAGGUCGUCUGGAACGAGGUCCAGUUCUCCGAGCGCAAAAACUUCAAGGCACAAGAGGAGAAGAUCCAGCUGGUCUUCGAGAACCUCACCCAACUCGAGCAUCCCAAUAUCGUCAAGUUCCAUAGGUACUGGACGGACACCCACAAUGACAAGCCUCGAGUUAUUUUUAUAACGGAGUACAUGUCGUCUGGCUCCUUGAAACAGUUCCUAAAGCGGACAAAACGCAACGUCAAAAAACUACCGUUACAAGCGUGGAAACGGUGGUGUACACAAAUUCUUUCUGCACUAAGCUACUUGCAUUCCUGUUCGCCUCCCAUCAUUCACGGCAAUUUGACCUGCGAUACGAUAUUCAUCCAACACAACGGCCUAGUCAAGAUCGGCUCUGUGGCUCCUGACGCUAUUCACCAUCAUAUUAAAACCAAUCGGGAAAACAUGAAAAACAUGCAUUUCGUUGCUCCGGAGUAUGGAAAUGCAACAACUCCUGCCAUCGACAUUUACUCGUUCGGUAUGUGUGCACUGGAGAUGGCAGCAUUGGAAAUACAAGGAAACGGAGAAAGCGGCACCGUUGUCACGGAAGAGAACAUCAACAAGACAGUAGAGUCUCUGGACGACUCACAGCAAAAAGACUUUAUUCACAAGUGUCUUCAAACGGAUCCACUGAGGCGACCUAGCGCUAGAGAAUUACUCUUUCAUCCUGUUCUUUUUGAAGUUCAUUCCCUCAAACUACUCGCAGCGCACGCUUUAGUCAAUUCAGCUACAAAUAUUUCCGAAACCAUUACAGAUGAGGUGUUGCAAAGGUUGUAUGGCCCUGAUACUAUUUUUGCUGAAAUUAAAUACCAAAAUAGGCCUCCCCAUCAAAUUCGACUCAGUGAUAUUGCUGUGACGGAAAAACUGGAAAAAUUUGUUGAAGACGUUAAGUACGGAAUUUACCCACUGACUGCAUUUAUGGCUAAGCUUCCUCCACCAGUAAGGCCACGAGCUAUAUCUCCCGAAGUCACUGAAUCAGUUAAAUCCGUAACUCCAGAGCCAGUCGAUGUAGAGGCUCGUAGAGUAGUCAAUAUGAUGUGCAACGUGAAGCCUCGCGAAGAAAGUUGCGAAUUACAAGUGAGCAUGACAAUACUAUUAAGGAUGGAUGAUAAAAUGAAUCGGCAAUUGACGUGUCCGGUUACUGAGGCUGAUACGUCCAUGUCACUCGCACAGGAACUUGUAUACUAUGGCUUUAUCAACGAAAAUGACCGUGACAAAAUAGCAAAUCUUAUUGACGAGGCAUUGCGCAGCUGCUUUAACAAGCAGCAGACACUGAGUCCAGGUGUCGUGUCGUUAGCCAACCUGCCGAGCCAAACUUUGCUGCUGCCCGGGCCAGACUUUCCUCGUCUGCAACGUAUCGAGCCAGUAGAUCUUUCCAAAUCGAUUGGCAACGCAAAAGAGCAUCAGCUACAUCACGAGUCCGAGCCGUCAUCUGCGUCGACAACGACGACGUCGACGUCGACAACGACGGCCUCGUCGGUAUUAGAACAGCCAACAACGCUGGCCAGCGAGGCUGGCAGUUAACAACCGAAGGCCACUCGGCGUCCCGCAGAUGCUGCUACUGCGUCGUACUCUUUCGACUCCGACAGCAACACUGUUUGUGCCACUUUGCACGCUCCAUGUAUAGACUGGCUAUGUAUUUUUAAAUUUUUAAGUAAGGCGAUUUAAUAAUUAUUCGUGCAUGCGCGCGCGCGAAAGAUACGGAUGUAAAUGUGAAUAAUGACGGCGACGAUGAAGCGUAAAAAUGAUAGUUUUAGUGCAGGUUUGGAAGGAAUUUUUUAUUUUUAUUUUUCUUUACGGUUAAUAGAUAGUUAUUGACUUCAUGACUCAAUGAUACGUUUCCAAAUUACUGUGAUUAAUGUGAUUACUGUGACUCAAUGUAACUAACUUAUCAGCGGUUUAAUUUGACUUUUAAAUUGAAAUUAUGAAUUAAAAUUUUACACAUAUUUUUUUAACUAUUUGUCAAUUGGAAGAUCACACCGUCUCAAAUACAAACGUUGGCAAGGUCUCUACUGCAAAGAAAGAACGCGAUAUUUGAAAAGGGCGAGAAGAAAGAAUUAGGUGCAAAAAAGUUUGUUUCUUUGUGUCAUGCGAUUUCCUUUCAUUUUUACUAAAUGAUGCAUCCUAUAUUUGGUUUUUUAUUUGAAAUAAUGGUUAUAAUGAUCCAAGGUUAUAUACAUUGUCAUUUAAUAGAAACCACAGAAUUCCGUUAUGAAAGUUUAG